CAGCGCCGUUCGGCCGCGCAGUGACAGUGCUGAGUUGAACAGCCCAGAGAGUAGGUGAACCUUCACCUACGUCUUCUUGUGUUCCUUUCCUGUUUUAACUUCUUUACCUGAGACCCAUUUGUCUCAAGUUCCGUAAGACAACCCUCGCACUUUUUCCCCCGAGUUUCUGAAUAUUAUGGCAGAGGACAAGAUGAAGCAAGUCGGACCGUCGCUGAAUAAUGCUACAACAGCGGAGAUGGAAAAGAAUCUUACAGAUUCGGAGUUGCAGAAGCUGAUAGACACCAGUCUCCGGGCCCGCCAGAACUCGUACAGUCCAUACAGCAAGUUUCCGGUUGGUGCAGCCCUUCUGACUGACGCGGGAGAGGUUAUUGAAGGGUGUAACGUCGAGAAUCUUUCGUAUGGACUGACUGUCUGCGCCGAAAGGACCGCCGUUUGCAGUGCUGUCGCCAAGGGUUACCGCAAGUUCCGUGCAAUCGCCAUCAGCGCAGAGAUGGGGCAGAGGUUCGUGGGCCCUUGCGGUGCGUGCCGUCAGACUCUGGCAGAGUUCGGUCUCGACUGGGAGGUUUACUUGACUAUGCCGAACAAGGUUUACAUGAAGACCACCGUCGGAAAACUUCUGCCAGACAGUUUUAAUCCUGAAUGGGUUACAUUCACUUAAGACUUCGCCGCAUUCUUUUAUACUGUAUACAUGCGUCUCAUCUUUAUGUGCUCUCAGUUUUCACAUACCAGAAUAGGGCUUCAUCAUAAGUUAGCCGUUAUGUAAAUCGUACAGAAAACAAAGCUGGUGACAGUAAGAAAUUAUUUGGAAAUAAUAAUUAGUACAUUUGAAAUAUAGCUAUGCACGAUAUAAUGGGAGUAUGUUAUGAUUAUAAUGAUAAUAAUGGCAAUAAGGGCAGCAAUAGCAGAAGUUAUUAAAAUUUCAAGAAUGAUUAAAGAAUAAACAAAAAUGAUGGUAAUGAAAUCAAGCUCAAUACUUGCACUGAUAAUAACUCGCAAUAUAUAACUAUGUCAAACAUAAUUUCCUUGUUGCCGUAUUUACGGUUAAGCAAAAGAAUAUAGCAACAUUAAUAAUGAUGAAAUAAUAUUUAAAGAAAUUACACUUGUAACCAAUAAUAUGUUAACUUGGACACUUGUUGUAAAUCAUAUUAACAUAAGAUUCAAGAAAAGAACAGAAGUUGUAGCCAGUGAUGACCGUGCCCUGAUUACGACAGGGACCAAGAUUUCACUGCCAAAUACAUGUUAUUUGCAGUUUCUGAUAGUGUGAAUGAUUAUGAAGAAAACGUGGAAAUGUUCCCUUUGUAUGGCAAUGUAUAUACAAUACGUCUUCGACAUUUUGAUUUUGAAACCAUAUGCCAUGACAAUAAAAAUGCUAUUUAAA